AUGCGCCGGGUCGUAGUCACCGGAUUGGGCGCAGUCUCUCCACUCGGAAUCGGUGUACGACGAACAUGGACACGCCUUUUAGAUGGUCACUGUGGUGUCGUCUCGGUCAAGAACCGGGGUCCCAGGUAUGCAGAUCUACCCUGCCAGAUUGCUGCGCUGGUUCCUCAAGGUUCGAAGAAUGAUGGUGGCUGGAGAGGAUCGGAUUGGCUAAGUCGUGAGGCAGAAAGGAAGACAGCAAAUUUUACGCAAUAUGCCCUUGCAGCCACUGAGGAGGCUCUGGAAGAUGCCGGCUGGAAGCCUACUAAUCGUGAACAGCAGGAAAUGACGGGCGUAUGUUUAGGCUCUGGCAUUGGCAAUUUCGAUGAGAUUUACGAUACCUCUCUCGUUUAUGAUAAAGGGGGCUACAAAAAGAUCUCCCCCCUCUUCGUCCCUAAGCUCCUUAUCAAUCUGGGUGCAGGGCAUAUUUCAAUGAAAUAUGGAUUUGCAGGGCCCAACCAUGCCGCAACCACGGCUUGCACGACCGGAGCCCACUCAAUCGGCGACGCAUCCCGUUUCAUCGCCUGUGGAGACGCAGAUGUAAUGAUAGCAGGGGGGGCUGAGUCGUGUAUCCACCCAUUAGUCCUGGGUGGGUUUUCCAGGUGUCGUAGCCUUGCUACGUCAUUCAAUGAUUCACCAAGGAAGGCCUCAAGGCCAUUUGAUAGGGACCGUGAGGGGUUUAUCGUGGGAGAGGGUGCAGCAGUUGUGGUCCUGGAGGAACUUGAGCAUGCUAAAUCCCGGGGUGCGAAGAUCUAUGCUGAACUGAAGGGCUAUGGGUGUUCUGGCGAUGCGUACCACAUGACGGCGCCCAAGGAGAGCGGAGAGGGCGCGUUAUUAGCCAUGAAAAGGGCGCUGAGGAAUGCCCAGAUCUCUCCGGGGACGGUUGACUACAUCAACGCUCACGGGACGUCGACAGUAAUUGGAGAUGCAGCGGAAAACUUUGCGAUCAAAACGCUCCUGCUAGGAAGUGAGGGAAAACAGAAAACCGCCGAUAUCAAUGUCAGCAGCACGAAGGGUGCGAUAGGCCAUUUGCUGGGGGGGGCCGGGGCUAUUGAAGCUGUCUUUUCCAUUUUAGCUAUUCACGAGAAUGUUUUACCACCGACGAUAAACCUGGACAACACGACGGAGGAAUUUGACUGCAACUACGUGCCUAAUGUGGCGCAGGAGAGACGGGUCAAUGUGGCCAUGACGAACAGCUUUGGCUUCGGGGGAACAAAUAGCACCCUCUGUUUUGCGCGAUACUGA